AUGGCCCUUCCAUUUUUUCCAUCAAAUGCUGUCUCUUUUUCGCCAAUGGUAGGCCCUUAAUGCAAAUGGAAGAUUUAAACCCAACAAAUAAGAUAGACAUGAAGGAUAAUGAUUUCUUCCAGUGAAAUGUGGUUAGAGUUAUAGCUAACAAAUGUUACUCAGAAAUGUCUAUUGCAAUGUUAAUAUACACUGGUCUUAGUUUGCAGUUUCUACCCUUCCCAAAGCCACACCAAUACCACUAUCAUACAAAAGUAAUAUCACUGUUUUUCAGGUCUCUGGACAUUUCUAAACCUUACAUUCCUGCCCUGUUUCCCAUCGGUCAAAAACUUGAAAUGGGUCUCUAUCUCUUGCAUGAAAGAUCAAGAUCAACGGUCUUGAUCAUCGAAUUUGUGUACAGUAGCGGAGAUGAUAGAUAUGGACAACCUACAAUAAUUGGAUCAUUUGGUAAAACUGGAGUACCCAACUCAGAUGCUUGGAUAUUUGUCUUCAAGAAUGAUCGUCCAGAAGAAUUGGAUGCUAGGAAACAGUUCUAUGGGGCAGCAUCUGCACUGCACAGGUCAUGCACCAAGCUAGCAAAGUCCCCUACUUAUUGGGCCUUGAUUCUCAUGACCUAUUACAGCUGGCAAUGCAGAAUUUUUGAGUUUGCCACUUGAGAGUCUUGUGUAUGUUGCCAAAUUGGAUAAAUCACGAGGAAUGCAUGCAAGACCCAGUCAUCAGAAUCUGGAAGUUAGUCAUGCACCAAGCUAGCAAAGUUUCUUUCUGCUUGUUUAGCUUCAUUUAUGUUUAGAAAAUACUGAUGUUUAUUGAAAGUUGAAACAAUUGAUUGAGAUUUUUAAUAUCAUCCGUUGUUUCUUUGAUGAAUGGGCAUCAGAUGAAAAAAAAAAAGUCGGAUCCACAACGCAUAAUAAAGUACACAACAUUGCAAUGUUUUGGAUGUGGGUCUAUGCACUUCCACCUGUCUUGGCUUUGAUACACAUACUCAUGGGCAGUAUAGGUGCAUGCUGGAUGACUUGGAUGGUUAGUCAUAUUUACUUGUGUUUGUGCUUGUUGCUUAAUUCAAUUUGUUUUGUUUUCUAAGUUAGUGAACUUUAUUUUCUGAAUAGAAGUUAUAAAUUGUUGAGUAUCUUUGGUUUUAUGAUUUUACUUGUACAUUCCUGUAUUGAU